AUGGAUGCACCUACUCAAGCUAUUCUCUCCGCUUUCUCUAUUGUCCUUGGACAUGAGAUAGGUAAUCGACAAGCAGCUGAAGAAAGUCUGACUGCAUUAGAAGUUCUUGAAGAUUAUCCAAUCAAAGUGAUGAAUAUAUUUUUAAAUGAACAGUUUUGUGUUGAAUUACGUCAGUUGGCUGGUAUUACAUUAAAGAAUUACGUAGCUGUACACUGGAGUCAAACAUCUUGUAUGUCAUUUAAACCACCGGAAACAUGUGACAAUGCGAAAUCACUUAUUCGAUCUGGAAUGUUACAGUUAUUAACUUCAUCUCAUCGAUCAAUUCGUAUAACAGCAGCGCAUACAGUCACAUUGAUUGCUCAACAUGACUGGCCAGAAAUGUGGCCGGAUUUAUUUCAUCAACUUAUUGCAUUAAUUCGACAAUCAUGUAUAAAUAACAGUCCUGAUGUAUAUAAGAAUAUAGUACAUGGAGUUUUACGUGUACUAAAAGAAGUCAGUUCAGAUCUAUCUGACCUUGACUUGCCUAUUGUGGGUCCUUAUAUUAUACCUGAACUAUUGCGAAUUUAUUCGGACAAACAGAAACAUGAUCAAUCUACACGGCGGCGUGCAAUUAUCACGAUUGAUAAUCUCUUAAACAUCGCUGUUAUGUGCCAAAAUGAGGAUAUUUUAAAUGAUUUCGUUAAUCGUUAUAUUUAUCCGUCAUUGGAAGCAAUUAUCAGUGAUUUAACUAAUUAUGAUGAAAAUUCAACUAUAUCACAAGUAUCACAUAAAGGUGAACUUAUACAACUUUUAACUACACUUUGCGUAGAAAAUCGCAAAUUUUUUUCAAAUUUUCCUGGUUAUAAUAAAUCACAAAUGAUUAAUAUAAUGUUAACUUUGGUUGUAUCCUGUGUUAAACAAUAUACGGAAUUAAAAAUUGCUUCCAACUCUACAAAUGACGAAAAAGAGGAAUAUGAUUCUGAUGGGGAAAUAUUGGAUUAUGAUUCAUUUGUUUAUAGUAUUUUACAGUGUUUAACUAGUCUUAUAUCAUCGAAAUCCAAAAAAUCCAUCAUCAAUCAUCUUGAUGAACUGUGCUUUCAAUUAUGUCAGCUUGUUCAACUACCGGAGAAAACACUGGAAAUUUGGUCCAAUAGCAUCUCUGAAUAUGUUGUCGAUUCUGAAGAACUGCUUGGUUAUUCCGUUCGUCUAGUUACUAUGGAUUUAAUCAAGAAAAUUGCAUGCAAUAUUCAAGAUGGAGUUCAGUUUAUCAACUGUUCAAUUAACAAAAUUUUAAUACUUUCAGAACGCUUACAUAACAAAAAUGUUCCACAUUGGUGGAAAUUACUUGAAAGUAGUCUUUAUAUCAGUGGUAAUUUAGCUUCGAAUUCUAUCAAUAUAUUCAGUUGUAACAGGAAACCGAUGCGUCAAAACUUAAACAAUAUAUCCAAUUCAUGUUUUAUUGAAUUUGAUGUUUUUUAUGCAAACUAUUUGGAUCCAAGCUUAAAACAAAAUGAUUUCCCGUUUCUCCAAGCAACAGCACUUCGUUGUAUGUCUCAUUUGUAUGCAGCUAAUAUUUUAAACGAAUUUCAAGCACAAUGUUUUCCAAGUCUAGUUUCAAAUGCAAUGUCUGCUACACAAUCAUCUAUAUUGAAAAUUUCUGGUAUGCAUUCACUUGAUACACUUCGUGCAAAUCAGAACGGCAUAAAAAGGCCGAUAGAAAAUAAUACAACAACAACAUCGUCUGUAUUUAUUACAAAUUAUGUUGUACCGCAUUUGUGUAAUUUAAUAUCGAAUUUAUUGGAAUGUUUAUCCACUUUUGGUGAACCAGUUUUAGAUAUUGGUUUAUGUGGAUUAUACAAAUUGUUGUGUAUUGAUUUACAUCAAUUUACUCAUUCUAUUAUUGCCCAAAUAAUUCCUAUUAUGGUAGGAUUAUUUAAACAUUGUUUCUGUGCCGCAACAACACUUUCGUAUUAUACAAAAAUAAUUCGUGUUCUGUAUAAAGUAGCCAGUUUGAACAAAGAAUCAACUGAAGCAAUUGAAAAUGCAUUUCUACCUACUUUAAUUACUUAUUUAGAGAAUCAUGAAGGAUCAGAGAGUGGUGGCGUUGAAGCAGUCUUGAAGGUAUUCAGUGUAUUGAUCAUUCCAUCAGAUUUUGGAAUUAGUUCCGCCUUAAUUCAGAGAGUAUUUCCAGCUAUCGUACAUAUCGCUAUUACAAGUACCGAUGCUGUAAUGAUUUCUGAAUGCUGUGAUGUUAUACGCUGCUAUCUAGCAGCUAGUUCUUCACAAAUUCUUGAAUGGCAUGAUGAUGACGGCAAUAAUGGAGUUGGUUACAUACUUCAUGUAACUUCUCGUUUACUAGAUCCCUCGAAUCCAGUUGAAUGGGCUACACCAGCUGGUAAAUUAGCUUAUGCUAUUUUACUUCAGUUUGAUGCCCAACAAUUAAAAGAAAAUACAGAUUUAUUAUUGCGUGGUGUACUAGCUCGUUUGUGUACAUUAAUGGGCAAUAAUCAUAAACAGUCUUUACAGUUAGUAUAUGGUGAUCAACAGCAGGGUAUCCAUGGAGCACGACAAAGCUUACUGUUUGUCAUUAUCUUGUUAUUUCGCAUACGAACUAAAUUGGCCAUUGAUUUUUUAUCAACCAUACCAGAUCCAACUGGAAAGCCUGUACUACAAGAAAUAUUAUCAAUAUGGUGCGACUGUCAACCGUAUUAUUUUUCACGUUAUGAAAUUCAAGUUAGUACAAUCGCAUUGGCUAAUUUAAUACUGCACACAAUCAAUACGAAAGAUGAACGUAUUAUGCAAAUAACACUUCAAGAAGAAAUGGACAGUAAUAAUGAAUCUGUCCAAACCAGAUCAAAAUCUUGUCAACAGACUAAAACACUGAUCGAUAUACCAAUUAUUGUUUGUAUGUACAAAUUAUUGUUGAACGAAUUAAACAAGAAACUAGAAGAGGAAACGGAAUACUCUGAUGAAAUUACGGAUAGUGAAUUUGAUGAUGAGAAUGAUGAUGAUGGUCUUAGCGAUGAUGGGGAGAUUCAGGCGGCAGGUUUUGAACAACAAGAAGAACUAUGUGUGGAGCAAGAGAUAAUCAAUGGCAAACGUGAUCAGGAUAUCAUUCAUCAAAAUAUAAACAAAAGAAAAGCAAUCAAUAAAUGUGAUCUUCAUGUGCAGCAAGAUAAUGAUGUUGAUAACUCAAGUGAUGCCAAUACCGAAGACGAUGAUAUCACUACAUUAGAAGAUCCAAUCUAUUCAGUGGAUACUAUUAUGAAUGUAAAUUUGAAGGAAUUUCUGUGUAAUUUCUUAUCGGAUUUAUCUCAACAAAUUUAUUAUAAUGAAUUCAGUCGAUAUCAUACAUCAUUGGAGUUGAAAACACUUCAACGAAUCGGUAUUCUACCACAGGACAACGAAUAA